CUGAUUUGUCACCCAUAUGAACUUUCGAGAAGUGUGAUAUACGCGAAUUUUGUCAAACUUCUGAAUGAUUUGUCUUUAAAAAUUACAAGAAAUUUGGUCUAAUGGCUAACGAAGAAACUGCAGCCCAAACGGGCGGUAAUGAAAUGCCAAUUCCAAAAAUAAAACACGACUGGUAUCAGACGGAAACUCAUGUUAUUGUUACAAUUCUUGCAAAAAAUUCAGAAAAUGUUAAAGUUGUCUAUGAAAAAACUACGUUAAGUGUAUCUGCCAUGUUACCAUCAGGAAAUGAAUAUACUUUGGAAUUAGAUUUAGCUCAUCCUAUUGUACCAGAACAAUGUUCACAUAAAGUAGUUCCAUCCAAAAUAGAAAUCAAACUAAAGAAACAAGAUGGAAUCAGAUGGACUGUUUUAGAAGGAAACCCAGUUGUACAAAACCCAGUGCAACCUAUACCUCGAGAGAUUCUACAAGCUGGUAACCAGCCACCAAAAUAUCCUAGUUCUAGUAAAAAGUCACGGGACUGGGAUAAGGUAGAAAAAGAAAUAGCAAAACAAGAAGCAGAGGAAAAACCAGAAGGUGAAGCUGCUCUUAAUGCUCUGUUUCAACAAAUAUAUGGCAGCAGUUCAGAUGAAGUUAGACGUGCAAUGAAUAAAUCCUUUCAAGAGUCUGGUGGUACAGUACUAAGCACAAAUUGGUCAGAAGUAAGCAAAGGUAAAGUUGAAAGAAAACCACCAGAUGGCAUGGAAUGGAAACCUUGGAGUACAUAAGACAGCUAAUACAGUUGAUAUUUAAAUUGCUUAUUAUUUAAAAAGAUAAUUUUAGUUUAUUUUCAAUGGAAAUACUUUCACAAAUAUUUAAAA